AUGGAGGCGUUGACGGAGCGUCUGGAGCGAGCCGUGACGCGACUGGAGCAGCUGACGUCGUCUGCAAAUUUAGCCAAUGGUGACUGCGUCAAUGGCGUCAAUGGAGCUGCAAGCGGGUGCGUGGACGCCUUCGACUGUCUUCUGAACGGUCCGCUGAACGACUACAUGAACAUCAGUAGGAACAUCGGCAGCGACGUGGAGAAACAUGCGGUGAUGGUCGACAAUGCCCUGCGUACGCAAAGGACCUUCCUCAAAAUGGUGGCCGAGCACCAGGAACCGGCAAAGACGGAGCUCCAGGAUUUGCUGAAGCCCAUCUCGGACCACAUCCAGGAGAUCCAGAACUUCCGGGAACGUAACCGGGGAAGCCUGCUUUUCAACCACUUGUCGGCCGUUAGCGAGAGCAUCCCCGCCUUGGGAUGGGUGGCCGUGAACCAGAAGCCCGGUCCUUAUGUGAAAGAGAUGAACGAUGCGGCCACUUUCUACACCAACAGAGUGCUCAAGGACUACAAGGAAACCGACAAACGUCACGUAGACUGGGUGCGCUCGUACCUUUCCAUCUGGAGCGAGAUGCAGGCCUUCAUCAAGCGCCACCACACCACCGGACUGUUCUGGAACAAGACGGGUCCUCUUGCUCCUGCCUCCCUUUUUGAGCCCCCCAACACUACCCGGCCCCCACCUCCUCCUCCUCCCGGACCGCCACCUGAGGACCCCCAUGUCCCUGGAUCCCCCCCUCACUCCGCACUAUUCGCCCAGCUCAACCAGGGCUUGGAUAUCACCAAAGGUUUGAAGCACGUGUCGGACCACCAGAAGACCCACAAGAAUCCGGACCUGCGCACCCAGGAGGCCCCAAAGAGCGGGAAAGCCAAGAAGACAGGCCCACUGGCCGCCCCCCAGAAGAGACCCCCUUUGCUGGAGCUGGAUGGGAAAAAAUGGAGGGUGGAGAACUUUGAGCAGAAACACGACCUUCUGAUCGAGGAGACGGAACUUAAACAGGUGGUCUACAUUUUCGCCUGCAACGACGUCACGCUGCACGUCAAAGGGAAGUUGAACUCCAUCAUCGUAGACAACUGCAAGAAGCUGGCGCUGGUGUUUGACAACGUGGUCGGAAUCGUGGAGAUCAUCAACUGCAAAGCUGUUCAGUUGCAGGUGCUGGGCUGCGUCCCCACCAUCUCCAUCAACAAGACAGACGGAUGUCAACUGUACCUCAGCGCGCAGUCGCUAGGCUGCCACAUCGUCAGCGCCAAAAGCUCCGAGAUGAACGUCCAGGUGCCGCAAGGAGACGACGACUACAGAGAGUUCCCGCUUCCCGAGCAAUUCAAGACCGUCUGGGAUGGGUCCAAACUGGUGACGGAGCCCAGCGAAAUGGCGGCUUAG